UAUAUAUAUUAUAUGAAAACCAAAAAGGAAUAAGGUUUUUAUUUAAAAAACAUUAAAAGAAUUUAGCUACUUUGAAAACCUCGACGAAUGGAUAAGUAAAAGUAAAUCUUCUAAGAAAUCAAGUAUAACGGUUUGUAUCAAAUAUCCAAUCGACAGAAUUGUGUUUUAGGCAAUCUAUUACCAUACGUGCGUAUCAAAAAUGAAGUUAGACAUGCGAACAUUCUGUGAUUCUCAGUCAAUUCCAAAUUGCCAGUGUCGGAAUAAUAUCAACAGUUGACCCAGUUUAUAUGUGUUGCCUUUUAUUUCGGACGAUUUAAAUGUCGGAUUCGUAUACAUAUAAAACGUAUAUUUUAAAAAUGUGGUUAUUUUAUCGUUAGGGAAUUUGUUGAGUAUAAAAGUGUUGUAAGUAUAAUUUUUUGUUUGCAAUUUUCAAAAGUUUUUUUCUUUUAAAAUCUUUAAAUAAUUAUAAAUGUAAAGUGCUUCAAUUACAAUAUCAAAUAUGGCUGAUGUGAACAGAAUACUGAAACUUGAUAGAGUGUACACGAAUUUGGAUUAUUUGAAAAUAACGUUACCGAGUGAUCCAGAUUGGCAGUUGAGUACUUAUAAAAAAUUGGUAGAAAAGCAAAGAGACAUGAGCAAACAAGAAAAUAUGACAGAUGAUCCAGUUUCAAUGGCUUCGUCCUUAAAAGUUGGGUAUUUAUUUGAAACUGCAUUUCAUAAAUCGCCAAAAGAAACCGACGAGUUAUUAGAUGAGGAUUAUAUAUUGGAAUUCGAAAAAGAAAUAGUCGUCGAGGAGUUCGACCGAAAUACUGAGCUCUGGACAAAUCGCGAGGUGGUACUUGCGGCUAAAGUUCUUAGUGCAAAAAAUCCUAAGAAACGUGGUAUAAAAUUUGCUUCUGACAACCAGAUGAGGAGGGUGUAUGACAUAAUAUUUGAAGUAUUUAGAUAUAGAACGAUUAUCAACGACAUUUUAAAUAAUAUCGACUUUGAAAACAUCUACCCAAAUUACUCCAAGAUGACACUUCUUGUAUGGCUGAUGUCUUUUGAUUAUUACCGGAAUAAAUUUAAACCAAGAAAAUUAGAUGAAAAGGAGGUAUCGAGUUUCAAUACAUUGCAAUUGAUUGAAAUAGCUGACAUUCUAAAAGAGAUAAAAAUUCAAUUAGCCGCAUCUUUUUCGAAAUUUCGAAUAAAACAUUGUGCUUUAUCACUGUCUGAUAUGUUGCCAAGACACUUACGUAAUGAACGAUUCAAAAAAUCUUCGGAAACUGUUAUUAGUUGUUGGAUAAACACAUUCUUGACCAGCACAGAGGACGUAUUAACUGUAUUAAGCAAAUCAGGACUAACUCAAAUGAAGAAUUCGGAAGAUUUAAUUCCCGAAACAUUUAAAAUGGAUCAUUUAUUGCCUUAUUUUAUACACAUUUACCCGAAAGAAAAAUCGGAGUUUUUAAAAAAAAUACCAUUAAUAACAUAA